AUUACUACUAGUUCAGUUUUGAAGAACAAAUUCUUUGUAGCUGUGGUUUAGGAUAAAUCAUUGGGAGAAUUAGAUUAAAAAUACACAAGUUUAAUAAAGUAAUCCUUGGGCGUCUGCAUUUUUGGAGCAAUUGUUUCUUAACCAGUGGUUAUUUCGAAACAUUUUUUUAAAUUAUCGGAAAACCUUAAGGUUACUUUAUUACGACAAUCAAUAUGGGCCUAGAAUCUCGACAUAUAGACCCUGAUGACCAGUCUCUUGAGGUUCCGGAUUCACGCGGUACUCGACAAUCACGCUUAGUUUCUUUGGGAGAUAAAACAAGUUUCCAUUUCGAUGAGGUUAAAACUGUUUUGGAUGUAAUGAAACGAGGUUGUCGAAUAACGGGAGAUGGCCUUGCUUUGGUUACAGAAAUGCCAUUUCAGAGUACUCUUGGAUAACAUAUAGCGAAUUUAUGGAGAGAGCAGGUAACUUCGGUUCUGGCUUGAUCAAUAUCGGAAUGAAACCAGGUCAGUCAACUUUCGUUGGGAUUUAUGCUCAAAACUGUCUAGAAUGGAUUAUAGCCGAGCACGGUUGUUAUAACCAAUCUAUGGUGAAUGUUCCACUUUAUGAUACUUUAGGACCCAGUGCCUGCUCAUUUAUUAUCAAAGAAGCGGAAAUCCCUAUCGUAAUAUGUGAUAAGGAAGAGAAAGUCUUUUCUCUGCUGCAAAACUUAGAGAACUGCCCAUGUUUAAAGCAUAUUGUGGUUAUAAAUAAUAUAUCUCAGGGUGCGCAUGAGCUUGCUGAGAAGAAGAAAGUCAGUCUUCAUAUGUUUCACGAAAUUGAAGAAAGUGGAAUGAAAAAUCCAGCUCCUACAGUUACUCCAUCUCCAUCCGAUAUAGCAACUAUUUGCUACACUAGUGGAACGACGGGAGAACCUAAAGGGGCUAUGAUAUCGCAUUAUAACUUAACCAUCUCAACAACUAGCAUGGUACAUCAUUUGGGAAGUUCAGCUCCUCACAAGGAAGAUGUUUAUUUGUCAUUUUUACCCCUUGCCCAUCUUAUGGAGAGACAAGCACAGCUACUUGUAUUGAUAAAUGGAGGCCGAAUUGGUUUCUACAGCGGUGAUAUUAGUCUCUUAUUUGAUGAUUUGAAAACUUUGAAGCCAACAUUUCUGGUAAUAGUCCCUCGGCUUCUGAACAAGAUACAUGAGAAAUUUACUUUGUUGUACGUUCUGAGAAAAGGGCCAUCUGUGAAUCUUUAUUUGGAGCAAAAAUGGCAUUUAAAUGGGGACAGCACUUUCGAUGAUUCCUUGAUAUUUAAAGGCGUUCGACAGCUCAUGGGAGGCCGAAUCCGAUUUGUUCUUACUGCUGGCGCUCCGCUAUCUGAAAGCAUUCAUAAAUUCUUUCGCUGUGCCUUGAACUGUGUGGUAGUUCAAGGCUACGGUCAAACCGAACUAACUGGCGCGUGUACAUGCCAGUUACCAGAAGAUCAAACUGUCGGGAACGUUGGUCCUCCACUGCCAGAUUGUGAAAUUAAGCUUCUUGAUGUAGCAGAAAUGGGAUACUUUGCAAGUAACAAUCAAGGAGAGGUAUGUGUUCGAGCUCAAUGUGCUUUUCAAGGAUAUUUUAAAAAACCCGAGCAGACUAAGGAAGUUAUCGAUCAAGAUAAAUGGCUUCAUACAGGAGAUAUAGGAAUGUGGCUUCCGAAUGGAACUUUGAAAAUAAUCGAUAGAAAGAAGAAUAUUUUCAAACUUUCACAAGGAGAAUACAUCGUUCCUGAAAAAAUAGAAAGUAUCUAUUUGACAUCCAAAUUUAUUUCACAGAUAUUUGUUUACGGCGACAGUUUACAGUCAUGGUUAGUAGGCAUUGCAGUUCCAGAUAAAGACGCAUUACUACCUUGGUGCCAAAGCAAGUCAAUUAAAGGAACUUGGAAAGAAAUAUGUGAGAAUAAGGACGUCGUGAAUUUUAUUCUCGCUGACGUUACCAAAAUAGGAAAAGAGGCUGGUUUGAAAUCCUUUGAACAGGUGAAAGCCAUAUAUCUGCAUCCUGAGCCGAUUACGGUGGAAUCAGGUCUCCUCACACCAACAAUGAAGACGAAAAGGACAGAAUUUCUGAAAUAUUUUUCAUUUGCAAUCAGCAAUAUGUAUAGCAGUUUGUCAUAAUUCUGAAUGCCUUACGUUCUUGAUAUUUAAAAUCAAAUUUUAAAAAAUACUCUCUCCCAUCUUUGGCAUUAUUUUAUUAAAUGUUUGAGAAAAUGGUCUGACUUUUGUCAAUAAACUGUUUUCAAUUUGUA